UCGGUUAUGUUCCAUGACAAAGGGAAGUUGAUAUGGUUAUGGUGUUGUGUUGGUGCCUUUCUUUUGGCAAUUGCUUGUCACAAAGUUUAUUCAAAACUUGACUUGAAGCAAAACUACUCACGCAACUAUGAAUUCAUCUUUUUGUUUUCUUGUGGUCGUGCUGGUACCAAACACUUUUCCAAAGUCUUUGGUGACCCCGACGCUUUUGUUACCCAUCAACUUGACUGCAACGAUAAACCCACGAGAGAGCUUAUCGCAGACUUUUAUAGACCUAUGCUUCAAAGUGCUUCGUUCGCAGAAUUGGAAAAAUAUGUUAAGAAUCAGCUAAUUCCUUUUAUGGAGAGCAACUUGAAAGCAACUGGGACAAGACGAUAUUUCUAUACUGGUCACGUGCCUUUUACUUUUGGUUUAGCAGAUUAUUUAUUGCAGCAUAUUCAAGUACCAGUAAAGAUUCUAAGAGUUCGACGUGGUAGAAUUCCUCUUGCUUUGAGCUUAUUGAGUAUGGGACCAGAGGAAGAGGAUCCUUGGGUGGAAAAGAGCAACGUUUCUAAAUAUAGAAAGAGGUUUGUGGAAAAAUUUCAUGGACUUGAGAAUCGUUUUGUUUACAAGUUCUGAAGAUGGCUUCUAUCUCCUACAGAUCCUCUCGUGAAGCUUCCUUGCCCUUCUCUCGUUUGGAGUCGCUUAAACCGUUUCCAGAAAUACUUGUGGUGAGCUGUGAAGAAUUGUGUAUUCAAUCACUCUGAAGUCUUGUUUUCUUUCUAGGGUAGUUGAUGAUACGGAGUGCCGUUGGCAAUAUUUUAAAAGACAGUAUAAAUUUACUUUUUUAGAA